AUGAUUGGUAUAUAUUCGCAUGCUGACGAGCAAAUCGGCACCAAUACCCUGGAGGAUAGGCCCAUGGAACUCUUGAUUUUUGUGGCUUUUGAAAUUGUUGUGAUUCCUGAUGACUAUCAAAUGUUACAUUAUUGCUUGAACCUCCAUGAUAAAUCAAAAGCUCAUGGCAUAACAGCAUCAGUUCCCCAUAGAAUAUCACGUCGUUCUAUAUCUAGACAUCCACCAACAGGGUCUAUUGAGUCGUAUGUUGACGUUUUAACAUUACUAGAAACAUUUCUUGGUCCAGAUAUUUGUGAAAAUAACAGUAACUCUAAAGAUCAGGAAGGUAUUUUAGGCCUUGAAACUGUUUUUAUUGAUAAUCUAUUUCAAUUUAAUUGCACUUGUAAUUUUUCAUCGUUAUAUUAUUUGACGAAUGAUUAUAAAAACGGCAUUGCAUUUAAAGAUCCUCAAGAAAAACUUAAACUUCUUAUCGAUUCAAAGUCCUCUAAACCCUUUUUUUCAAAGUUUGAUGAAUUUCAUCAUGAUCUGAAGUUUUCAGAUAAAAACUUAGAUUUUUUGGAAGGAUACUUAGUCUCUUUUUAUGAGAGCCUCAAUUCUCUUUCUUCUGAUAUGGAAACUUUAGAAGCACGGUCACGUUCACUUAAUCAAAAAUUAAUUGUUUUUCAGAAUACCGAAAAAAAACUUGCCCCUAUAGUUGAAGCUCUUAUUAUACCUCCCUCCAUUGUACGGCAAAUAUCCGAUGGUGAGGUAUCCUUACAGUGGCUUUUAGCUCUUAAAUACAUAUUGCAACGUCAUAAUGAGCUGGAAAUUAUGCUUAAGGAACGUGGUGGAUUUGUUGCAAUAAAAGCUGCUGAGCAACAACUCUCGGUAAUAUCAAGAAAGGCAGUGGAGCGAAUCCGAGACUUUUUGGGUUCCAAAAUUAAAGCCCUUCGUGUUUUCGGUGUAAAUUCGCAGGCUAUACAAAAAGAUUUAUUAAUGUUUCGAGACCUUUAUACCUUUUUAAAAAUUCAACAUUCAAGCUUAGCAAAAGAUAUACUUAAAGCAUACAUUAACACGAUGUCAUGGUAUUACUUUAGUUACUUUUAUCGAUAUACAAAAUCUUUGGAGAAAAUAAACAUUCAUCAUUUUCAGAAAAAUGUUUUGCUUGGAUCUGAUGAAGGAAGCAAAAGAGGAUUGCUUUUUUCUAGGUCUACAUUAAAGGACAAAACAUUUAUGCAAGUAUUAAUGGAUUCUGUAAAUUUGGGUAAUCGUGCCAAUAUUAUCAGCUCAGAUGACCCUAGUGUUCUUCUGGCACAUGUGGCGGAAAACAGUUCAUUAAAUGGAAACAAUCACCUUUUAUAUUACAUUGAGACUGGAUUUCGAAGUCUCAACUUUGCGCUUUUAGACAAUGUGACCGUUGAAUAUCAAUUUCUUCAAGAUUUUUUUGGACUUAAAGCAGGCGAAAGUGUUAAUAAGGUUUUUGAAUCCAUUUUUCAAAAAACAUUUUCAUUGGGACAAGCAUAUACUAAUGAUAUAUUGACAAAUGACUCAUACGAUGCAUUUGGAAUUUUGAUAUGUAUUCGUCUUUGCCGAAAAUUAGAAUUUGAGCUUCAACAUAGAAAGGUUCCAGUAAUGGAAGACUACUUGAAUCUACAACUUUUAAAUCUAUGGCCUAAAUUUCAACUUGUUAUGGAUGCUCAUUGUGAGUCACUUCAUCGAUCUUCGUCGAGAUCAUCCCUUCAUUCAUAUAUUUCGGAUUCAUCCACUGGUGAUUCAAAUGGAAGUUUAGGAUCGGCUGCUCUUGUACCACACCCUCUCACCCAAGCAUUUAGCAGCUUUCUUGCUGGAAUCUUAACUCUUUGCGAAAAUGAAGAUAGUAUCAGUGAGCCUGUUGCAAGAUCGGUUUUACGAUUGAGAAAUGAAUUUGAAAGUGUGUUAACAAAGCUUAGUACUUCCACUUUUUGUCCUAAUGGACAUGAAAUUGGAAAAAGGCAAGGUUCUACUAAACAAGAAAAAUUUUUAUAUAACAAUUAUUUUUUGGUUUCUACAAUUCUAAGUGAUUUAACGGGGCCUCUCGCAAAUCAAGAAAAAGAUCAUUUUAAAUUACUGACUCAAGCUUAUGAACCAAAUUAA